AACAGUCCGUCCGUGGUCUUCUUCUCUAUCGGGCGGGUUCGCCUUCACUAUGAGUUGUUCGUGGUGUAUCACGACGGGUUCAACAAUGGUACGGCAAAAGGCAAUACGCAACGCAUACGCAACAACAACAAAAGCCAAUGUGUCCGCCUGAGUGUCACUGAGCACGCAACCAACCACACUCGCACUCAUUCACACAGACACAGCGUUGUGAAUGCGAUGUAUUUGUACAAAAACAACUCUACAGAUGUAUGCAAGUAAAUACGUUUUUGUCUCUUGUGUCAUUCGGCUGAUAGCCAAGUGCUCACAGUAGAAUGCCGUGCAUGCUCUUUGCCGUUGGCUCUGCCACUGCCACUGCCUCUGCUACGUGGUACGCCAGGUCGCUUUGGAUGACUGUCACAGCAGAAAUAAACUGACUCUCAGUAGGUCUCGAAUUGUCGUGUGUUGCGUGUAUGUGCAGCUGCAGCGAAUCGAGUGACGCAGCUGUCCUUAUCGUCAUUGCCCACGAAUACAUUCGGUUGAGAGCGUCGCAGCAAAGUGUCCCCAAGCAGAGUCGCCAUAGCAGAGCACGGCGGCAGAGCAAACAAAAGUCAACCAAGAACAUUAUAGUGUCUACCCAAAAGUAUAGGGGCUGAGUGUGAGCGCACUGGUGUGGUAGUUGCCUGCAGCAGCGCGUUGUGCGAAUGGUGCUUGCGCUGGUGUUCGUGUCACUGUGACCGACGACAGCGACGGUGGUGUGUGAGCGGGUAUGAGUUCGCGUUGAGAAGCGGCGACAGCACAAGUUGGUUGAAUUCUCACAGCGACAUAAUGUGCCACAGUCUGUCAGUGUCACCCACGACUUUGUAGGAAGUGGACAUAUGUGCAGGAGUGAAGUAAACGAAGAAACACGACGGGUACAAGUUGUCUAAGAACUAGAAAUCAUGCACACAUAUAUGACGAACUGAAAAUAAGAAACAGAAGGAAUAAAUGGUGUUAAGUGUCUAACUGAUAAAGUACUGUCGGUGCUAAUAAUAAAAAAGUGAUGCCUGCUGGUGCAAGUAAAUAAGUAUAAUUUGUGACGAAACAAGUGCAGGGCAGUAAUUUAACUGUUUUUAAAACCUAUAAAGUGAUAAACCGUUUUGAACACAAAAUUAUUCCCAAAGCAAAACUCUUUCGGACGUUUUACGAAUAAUAUUGGAGCACAGCUGACAUAUUUCAAAAGUUGUGUAUAAAACUGGAGGAAUAAUUAGGAAAGGAAGAACGCGAUUUUGGAAUUUUUCUAAAGGUGUAAAUACAACGAACCUCAGCAAUGGAACACCUCAUAUCCACCUUUAUGCCUCCCGCCUAUCUGCUGGGUCACUCGCCCACAGCAGCGCCCGGACCAAUUCCCCUUGGGAAUAUGGCUGCCUCACCCGCCACCUCGCCAAUCGGCGGUUCAAUGGGUAAGCCGAAGCGGUGGGGCUCUCCACCCGUAAACCUCGCAGCCCAGUUUAUUAAUCCUGUGACUGGCAAGAAGCGUGUGCAAUGCUCCCUUUGUCUAAAGACCUUCUGCGACAAGGGUGCUUUGAAAAUACACUUCUCCGCUGUGCAUUUGCGUGAGAUGCACAAGUGCACUGUAGAGGGUUGCAACAUGGUGUUCAGCUCUCGUCGUUCUCGUAAUCGCCACAGCGCCAAUCCCAAUCCGAAGCUGCAUUCGCCCAACAUCCGCCGCAAGAUCUCACCACACGAUGGCCGGACAGCGCAACAAUUUCCUGUAUUUUCGUUGUCACCUGCCGGUCUGUUGCCUUCGGCCGCAUUUCCGGGUCUCAUGCCACACUCAGCUGCUGCGGCUGCUGGUUAUGGCGCACAUCAGCCUGUUAUGUUUAGUGAUUUUCCAUCGUCCGCCAAUACUGCUGGCUUUCACCAUAUGUUAGCCAACCAAGAGCAGCUAGAAAUGAGGGCAGGGUUCCGACUCAGUUCUACUGGCACAGGUUCAGCUUCUGCGUCUGAUGCGGAUGGUGAGGAUGAUGGCUAUAUACUAGAUGUGCACACCACUGCCUCUAAUACUAGUCACGGCGACAGUAAUAGCGAUGUGGACGACUACUGCAGGGAAAUUGAUGCCUACGACGAUGAUGAAAACGCUGAUGUCGAUGCGGAAGAAGCACGCGACGUUGACGAAGAGCUGAUAUCAGUAUCUAUCGAAGAAGAUGCAGCGAAUAACUUCGAUCCAACGGAAGACUCCAAUGAACCGCUGGAUUUCAGUCUUCACAAACGACGCGGCGUAUCGGUAGAAGAACGUUUGUCCAGUCCUGUUACCAUUACAAUGUCUGCCACCAGCAGCGACUGCGGUAGUCCUCAACAUACAGCAGUCUCAAAGUCCAACGGUUUCUCGGUAGAUUCUUUGUUGGGCAAACGCAAACGCAAUCACACAGAGGUGACCGAAGAGCGUUUGUCUCCAGUCGUUGUAAAAAUGGAAGCGGAAGAAGAAAAUACCAGAGAUUAUAUGUACGGGCUUGAUCUCACCCCUCAACAGGCGCAACAAGCGGUACCCAACAGAGAUUCAACAGAAAAUUUUCUGACGACCUCUCACCAUCCUUCCUCCGUCUUGUCAGCCGAGGCGCAGCAAUUGCGUCUCUUGCAGUCGCAAAUGUUCGCCGCUGCUGCCGCCGCCGCCGCAGCUCAGUCUUCCGAAGCGCCCUACGCACCAACUGCCCUGCCCGCCCUCGAAGUAGGUCCCGACUCAGCCUCUCCAGCAGCACCCGCGCCGCCCGUAUGGAACCUUCUCUCCGAAGUAUAUCGGUCCAUGUUCAUAAACGGCGGCAUUAAGCAGCAAACAACGACUCAGCCUCAAUACACCGAAAUUCCAACGAGCGCGAUUUCGGUGUAAAGCCAAGUCACCUCAGUUGUUAGCAUUCAACCGUCCUUUCUAGUAGUCAUCAGAAACACCGUGACCUUGUUAUGUACUAUUGUAUUUAAUUUUAUUGUGUAAGUUCGUCCUGUUGCUGUUGGAGUCUAUCGUUGACCAGUUGUGGGUCGCAAAGAUGUUCGGAUUUCAUUGUAAAUAUUUAUUCUGUAACUACGAGUAUUAGUUAUGUAAUUUGUAAAUUUAUUUCAUUAUACCUGCAAAAGUAUUCUUAUUUUUAAUUCUAAUUUUAAGCUCCUCAUUGAAAGCACUU